AUGUCGUUUGCUAUUGCAGCUUUCCAGUUAAUUCAAUUUAAAACAAAAUCUAAUUGUAAACAAGGGAAGAAAACCCUUUUUAAUUAUUGGUUGAUUUGUAAACAACGGGAUAGCAACAAGGCAUAUUUAUCAAGAGAAACAUCAUCGUUCGAGUUUAUAUUUUCGGGAAGAUCGCGAACACAUUAUUUAAUACCGCCAGAUGUUAACGAACCGGUAGAUUCACAACUAGAUACUUUGGCGAAAUAG